GCCAAAGCUUCAAUGAAGGAAGAAAAUGGCGAUAAAGUUUAUUUAUAUAGUCUCUGCCAUUGGGUGUCAGUGCUGUAUAACUUGCAUCGUCUUUUAUCUGUGCUCCAAUGUUUGUGAAGGUCUACACAACUCACCCGAUGACGCGUGCCCAUUCAUCUUUCAGCCUUCAACUGGCGAAUUAAUACAGUAUAAAACUCAGAUAAGAUCCAACUACAAUUCGUUACAGCCCAAGGUGUUAGCCGUAUCAACAAAGAAAAACGCAGCCGAUGCUUUUAAACUGAUCUGCAUGGUGGAUCUGACCCAUGGUUGCGAUGGUAGACCAGUAUACCCUUGUUAUUGUAAUCACACGGAUCUCCAUGGCAACCACCACGCUGUUGUCAUGGUCAACAAAACAAGUGCACAUAGCGACGCUGAGAUAAAGGAAGAAGUUUUUACAACAGACAACGUUCUCAUUUUUAGUUUCACACAGACUUUGUCUGACCCUCCAGAAGGGGUACACAUGAAGGUCAACGGUCAAGUCGACAAUGACGUCACUGUAAACAAAACGUCAGAAGUCAGCAUUACGUGUCAAGCCGGAGGCUACCCGGAACCCGAGUUGAGAAUAUCCACAGGGUUCAAGUCGAACCCUAAAACCCUGCGGGAGAUGAGGUCUAACACUCUAACCUGGGCCACGAACGUGACUUGCCGUGACACUGGCCACUAUUUCUGCUCGGCCAACAGCACAGUUGGCCAUCUCAUGACUAACGUCACCAUCUACGUCGAAUGUGCCAUGGAACUGCUCGGGUCUACAAAAAACAAUUCUCGGUACUAUGGAGUAGCUGGUGGCCAAGUUUCAGUGGAUCUUGAUGUGUCUGGCUACCCUGAUCCCACAUCCUACACCUUGAUGUCAGAACAUGAGGCCAACAUCACUGAUGGCCACAGGUAUCUGGCCAAGUACACCAAGACCGGAAUGGCCAUGGGUACAAUCAAUCUCACGCUGUUUGACCUAAAGCCCGAUGUGUUUCGAACCCACUACUUUCGCGUGGACAACGGCGUGGCUGAUACACUCACAUUUACGUUUGAAGUUCUAAAAAAAACUACUGGUCAGUCUCUUGCCCUAUCUUCAUUUACAUCUGAUUUUAGAGUCAAUGAAAAUUUGUGGGUGAUUUUCCUGAUCAUAUUUUCUGUAGUGAUUUUCAUGGCCCUCGUGUGUCUGUUAAUUUGUGCAUUUACCUACAGGAAUAAAGGCGACAGUAAGGAAGAAGUGAAGGCCGUGAGUUUUAAAACUGAUCAUAUCAGGUCAAUUCGACGCGUCAUUGACUACCCCACCAGUCCCAGAACUGUGCAACAGGGGGGUGACACCCAUCAUUACCAGGGGGGUAACGCCCACCAUUACGCCGUACCGAUCGUCCAUCGUCCAGCCAGCCAAUUAGACUGCGGGUAUAUUGACGUCAUUGAUGACGUCAUCGACGAGAGGGGAGGCUACUCCAAUAGUCUGCCCAUUAUAGAUGGAGGGAUUGACCCAUAA